CUUUUUGUCAGCCUUUUACUUGUACUUUCAUCUGGCAAUCCUCAUUAGAAAAAAGAAAAAAAGAAAGAAAACAACUUUCUUCUUCUUCUUCUUUGCUUUUUUGUUGAGCUGGAGAGGAGGAAGAAUUAAACUAAAACAGUUUUGAUUGAUUUAGAGAUAAGAGGGAAAAAAAAAAAAAGGAAGAGAAAUGGAUCCAGUAAGUCAUCAUUCACUGCCUCCGCCAUUUAACACCAGAGAUUUCAAUCUUCAGCACCACCAAUUCAACAACCACAACAAUUCCGAAGAUGAACACAGCGGCACCAGCGGUCUAAACAUGGGUUCCGGCGGCCCUCAUAAGCGAGAAAGGGAGGAUCAUCACAACGACGGCAACAUGAACGGCGACGGCAAGGAUCAUUCCGGAGGAGGAGACGGCGGAGGCAGCGGCGGCGGCGGUUCGGGCGAGAUGACUCGGCGGCCACGUGGGCGGCCAGCUGGAUCCAAGAACAAACCGAAACCCCCCAUCAUUAUCACCCGGGACAGCGCUAACGCGCUCCGGACCCACGUGAUGGAAGUCGCCGACGGCUGCGACAUCAUGGAGAGCAUGGCCAAUUUCGCCCGGAGGCGUCAGCGCGGCGUCUGCAUCAUGAGCGGCACCGGCACCGUCACCAACGUCACCCUGCGGCAGCCCGCGUCCCCGGGCGCGGUGGUGACUCUCCAUGGCCGGUUCGAGAUCUUGUCGCUGGCGGGUUCGUUUCUUCCGCCGCCAGCUCCGCCGGCCGCGACGUCGUUGACCAUAUACUUGGCCGGCGGGCAAGGGCAGGUGGUGGGAGGGAGCGUGGUGGGGCAGCUGAUGGCGUCGGGUCCGGUGGUUAUCAUGGCGGCUUCGUUCAGCAAUGCGGCUUACGAGAGGCUUCCGUUGGAUGAGGAAGAGAGCUCGAUGCCAAUGCAAGGCGGCGGCGGCGGAGGCGGAGGAGGGUCGAUUGGAUCUCCGGGAGCGGCGGUGGGCGGCGGAGGAGGAGGAGGGCAGCAACAGAUGAUGGCUGAUCCAUCAAUGUUCAGCAUGAAUCCGGGGCUACUCAACUCAGUUCAAUUACCACCUAGUGAAGCUUAUUGGGCUACUGGUCGUCCUCCUUUCUAACUUAUGCUUUCCUACUAAUUUACCAACAAGGUUACAAGUUUUUUUCUUAAUCUUCUUCAUUCCCCUUCUAUUGAUUUGCUUUGAUCAGCUCAACAUGCAAGAAUGGUUAAUUUUUAGCAAAUUAAAAUCGAUCUUUUGAGUUAGGGUGUUAGCUUAGCUAGCCAGCUUUUGAGCAUGUUUCUCUCUUCUCAUCUUUUCUUUUAAGGUUUCUUUGUUUUCAUCAGUUAAUUAGCUAGCUAGAGAGAUAGGCUGUUUUCUUGUUGUUACUGAGUUUGAUUAUCAGAUUGACAAUGUGGGUGUUUUCGUUUUUGUAAUUUGAUUGUAGAACUCUGUACAUUAUUAUUAUUAUUGGUUUUCCUUAUGAUCCAUACGGAUCCUAA